AUGAGCAGCGAGCAAGCCGUCCAGAACUACGAGCGAAAUGCUGUGGAGAAUUACGUCCAUAAUAUAAUCCAGGAGUUAUGCAACAUUAAUAGCGCGCGAGAGGAAUUUGGACUUGGAGAUGGGAUCCAGUUUGAGAAUCAUACAAAUUUGCUCGAGGCAGAUGAAGGCGUCGAAUCGAGUGCAGGUCAGCCAUCGGAAAUAGAACGCCCAAAAGCCGAUUCGUUUUUUUUCAUCCACCGAGUCGACGGCAAUACUCACACCCUCCUUGCUACAGCCGAAUACAAGCCGCCUCACAAGCUUUCCAUGGAAGACUUUUGCCUAGGACUACGGGAAAUGGAUUUGUACAAAGAUAUAGUCAGGUCAAACAAAAUCCCAACGGACAAGGAAGCGAAGUUAAGGUACGAUGCAGAGCGACUCGUUUGCUCCGCUAUUGUUCAAGAAUAUCAUGUGAUGAUCCAGGAGGGACUCGAGUACUCCUACGUGACCACUGGGAUCGCCCGUGUUCUUCUCCGUGUGCCUCAUGAUAACCCCAGCACCCUUUACUAUCACUUUUGUGAUCCCAAUUCAGAAGUGGACCUGGAAGCAGAGAAUGAGUUCCAAGAGCCGAAGACUUCUAUUGCCAGAGUGCUAUGUCUAUGCUUAAUGGCAUUCCGUUCAUCUAUACGUGACCAUGAAUGGAGACAUCGAGCCCGCCAAAACCUUCGAAUCUGGGGCUCCAACUUUAGUCGCACCCAGUCUGAGGUUCCCAACUCUGAUAGCACGUAUUUGGAGUACACAAGUCCAGAAUCCGGUUCGGCUUAUGAACCAUCGUCAUCCCCCCUAGUAUCUCCGCCGGAACCGGCGACCGAGGGCCGUCGAGUGCCUAUAAGGCCACGAGGAGCCUGUGCGCCCACAAAUGACCGGCACCGCACGCAGUCGCCAGAAUCGUCAGGCUCCGACUCCAACCAAGCAAUGAGACGUAAACGGGGCUUCAGCCAAGUCACAUCUUCCCCGUCUACCCAACAAGUGGGUCGGAAGGAAGACGAUAGGAGAUAUCACGAUAGUCAGUCCCGACGCGAUGCUCAAUUCUGCACCCAGAGGUGUCUCCUCGGGCUGCAGACCGGGGGACCCAAAUGA